ACCGUGCAUUGCAAAACAGUCGCAACUGAACCGUCGAAGGGUUUGUAUCGCUUCUUUCCGCGUUAUUGUACCGUACUUGUGUGGCCAGUAAGUGUCAAAUAGAACAUUCAAAACGAUAGCACGAUGGAACGUUGGCGUGGAAAGGUGGCCAUUGUGACCGGUGCUAGCUCCGGCAUUGGGGCAGCAACGGUGAAAGCUCUCGCCAGUGCCGGUAUGAUCACGUUCGGCUUGGCCCGCCGUGUCGAACGGGUGGAAGCACUGAAGGACGAGCUGCCGGAGGAUGCCCGCGAGCGGCUGCACGCACUGCGCUGUGACGUUACGAAGGAGGAAGACAUUUUAGCCGCCUUCCGGGAGGUCGAACAACGGUGCGGCGGUGUCGAUGUGCUGAUCAACAAUGCCGGCGUGGCGCGAUCGAGUGUCGGCGUGCUGGAUGCGAAAAAUACGCAGGAGUUGCGCGAUGUGAUCGACACGAAUCUGGUCGGGUUGGCGCUGUGCAGCCGGGAGGCGUAUCAAUCGAUGAAGAAACGCUCGGUCGAUGGGCACAUUGUGCACAUUAACAGCAUACUGGGACACAAGGUGAUCCCAAUGAACACGCUCAAUGUGUAUCCGGCCACCAAGUACGGUGUGACCGCGCUGACGGAGACGAUGCGGCACGAGCUGCGAAUGGCGGGGACGAAAAUCAAAGUCACGAGCAUCAGUCCCGGUCUGGUAAGGACGGAGAUCAUCGGUAACAGUGGUGUGCUCAACGAUAUGCCCAUACUCGAACCAGAAGACAUCGCGAACGGCAUUCUGUACGUGCUCGGGACCCCACCGCGUGUUCAGGUGCACGAGCUAAUGAUCAAACCGGUCGGUGAAUCGCUCGGAUAAGUCAACACAGACCAAAAUUCGUGGUAGCAAACGAUCCCAGCAAUAAAUAAAUUGUUAAUAAAAUAGCAUUUGGUACAUAUUUCGGAAUAAAUAGUUCGGUACAAAUACAAAA